AUGCAAAGUGGUGGAGGGCCGCUGCCGCCCGGUGCCGUCUUACGGGGCAUGCCCUCGGGGACACCGACUUCGCAGCAGCAGCAACAGCAGCAGCAGCAGCAACAACAACAGCAGGCGCCGCCACAGCCUGACAUGAAGCUUUCGUCGCAGCAGGCGAUGAUGAAUCAGAACAUCUACUCACAGCAGCCCGUGUUCCGCGGGGCGGGUGGCGGCCAGUCGUCGCGCCCGCGUGGCAUGCCGUUAACCCCGUUCCAGCAGGUGCCGCUGACCAUCAACUACAUGCCGCCGCUGCAGCGGUUACCGAGCCCGUGGCCAAACAUGAACAACCUCCACCUGGUGUAUCCCGCGCACCCGCAGUACAUGUACUCGGUCAUGAACCAGCACCAGCAAGCGGGCGGCCGCCGCCAGCCGGGCGGGGAGAACAAUUUAGUUAAUAUCUCGCAAGUGCCGUUGUCGCAGCCUCCGCAGCCCAACCAGCAGCCGGCCCCGAUGCAGGUUUCGCACGAGAUGAUGCAACACAUGCAUCCACCGCAGGCCCCGCAGCAGCAGCUGGCACAGCAGCUGGAGCAGCACCCUCAGGCGGCCUCGGCCUCCCAGGUGACGGUCGUGUCGUCGCAACCGCACGCCUCUUUCUCGCCCAUGCCGAGCAUGCUGGCGCCGCCGCCCCAUCUGCAGCAGCCGUCGGGCCCACCGGCCACCGGUGGCACGGUGGGGCACGGCGGGGAACCGGCCGCCAAGCUUCCGACGGUGCGUGAACGGCGCAAGCACGCCAUCCCCAUCAUCAAUCCGGACACCGGCACGGACAUCAUGCAGAACUUGUUCAAAGACUCGCCGAUCGCGUCCUCGUCGGCGUCCUCCUCGUCCGGGUCCGGAAGUGUGUCCACGAAUUCCGCUUCCAGCGGGGCACCGCAGUCAGCUCCUCCUCCACAGCUCGACUCGGACUAUUCCGACUAUCCUCCGCCGCCGCAGCAGCAGCAGCAACAACAGCAGCCUUCGGACCACGGUGUGCCACCAACUAUGGUGGCCACGAUGGCACCACCCCCACCACAGGCGCAUCUGCACCUGCAGCCUCCGCCGACGCACGGCCAGAUUCAGAUGCAAAUGGGUGGCGGUGGUGGCCACGAUAUGUCCGGCGGUCGCUCGGUGGUGUCAGUGACCAACCAACAGCAACAGCAGCAGCACCAACCGCCUCCCACGGGUCCGCCUCCUUCAUCGACCCCCCACCCGCACGACAUGUACGUGGUGAGUGGCCUAAAGAUGGCCCUGGCCAACCAUCACUCCCAUCCGCCGCCCCACCUGCCACCGCACCUAGCGGCAUCCGCCGGCGACAUGACGACGGUCUCGGGCACACCCGUGGUGUCCGCUAUGUCCGACGGUCCGUCGGUGGAAAUUCCCAACAUACAAUACACGUCGAAAAAGAAGAAGCCCAUGGCCGACGUUGGCGUUGGUGCUGCGGCCAUGCAUCACUCGCAGCACCAUUCGCAGCAGCAGCACAUGAAGCAGCAACAAUCGCAGCACCAUUACCAUCAUCCGUCGCAGCAGCAGCAGCAGCAACAGCAUCCGCAGCACUCGCAUCAGCAGCAGAUGCAUGUUCCGCAGCAGCAACAGCACCAUCAUCAUCCGCGGCACCAUCAGCAACAGCAGCAACAACACCAUUCGUACGCAAUGCAGGCGGCCGCACAGCAAGCGCAGGCCGCGCAGCAAGCCGCAGCGGCGGCGGCCGCACAGGUCCAGGCGCAAGCACAGGCGCAAGCGGCAGCGCAGACGGCGGCGGCCGCGCAUGCCGCUGCCGUCGGACAGGGCCAGGGCAAUCUGCCGGUGCUCGUGGGCGUCGGCGACGGUAGCGAGCUGCCGGUGGCGUUGCAUCACGCCGGCAACUACCUGACGGAGCCGCCACCGCCCGUGCUGGGCCCGCCCGUGACGGCCGACCGGAGAUAUCGCACGACGUCGGCGAACGGUGCGACCUCGGCAGCCCUAGAAGUGGCCGCCGACGAUGAACGGAACGCGAACGUGCUGAUCGCUGACACGGAUCACCGACAGGAGCGUGGCGAUGAGUUGGCCGACGGCAUGGCGAACCUGGAGCUGGGCGAGGCCAAGACGGAGCUGCUGGAGGACAGCGGCGAACAACAAGAGCUGCGGGAAGCCACGGUGGUGCAGCCGGUAGCGCACGGCGUACCGGAGGCGGAAGAGCAACAGACGACGACGACCGGUGUCACGGAUGAGCCGGUCGCAGUGGAAACGGAACAACUGGCGCCACCAGUCAUGGUGGCGGCAGCGGCCAGGGAUGAGACCGAUCGAGCGGCCGCAGUGCAGAGGGAAAACAUUUUAAAUAAGGAACCUAGUGAUAAGCACCUAGAUAAUGAUAAUAUUAUAAAUAACAAUAAUGUGGAGUACACCAGACACUUAAGCACGAUCGAUAGCAGCAACGGUGAAGUGGUCAGCAAGCAGCAGCAGCACCAGCAGCCGGCGCCUCCAGCAACGGCGACGGAGGAGCGAUCGACGCCGGAUCGAGUCGAGCAACAGACCGAUCACCACCAGCACCACCCGGAGCGCACGGCGGUAGUUGGGAACGACGAGUGUGGGACGGCUAGCGGCCCCCAAAGCGUGGCCCCAACGAACUCGAGCACUGCCGCGGCUCCGGUCGCCACCGUCACAGCAGCACCGGCGACGACUGCCGCCGGCGGUAGCAACAAUUUAGACGAUAAUCGGAAUGUCGUAACGGUGACGGUGACGGCGGCCAACCAGCUGCAGCAGGACCAGAAUGGCGUCGAGGUGGCCCCCGUCCCAGCGACAACAAACGCUCAGGAACCCGCGUUGGCCGCCCGGGUGGCGGCAGCGGCGGCAGUGACCCCGAACGGUGGCACCGAUGUGGAACCGAAACCGAAGCCAAGCCUCGUGCCGCCGGCCGUCAAGUCCAAAUCGAUCACGCUGAUCGAUUACGAUGCGGACCAGUGGAGCCCGGGCAAUCCGGACGGCAAGAAGAAGUACUCGAAGGACCAGCUGCUGCAGCUGAAGAACGCGGCACCGGCCCUCGAGAAGCCGACCAAUCUGCCCAACAACCUGGAGACGGUGCUCGUGAAGACCAACGGCCCGAGCCACCUGCACAUGGGAGGCGGUGGCAACGCGUACGGCGGCAAUCAGAAGAUCAACGAGUUCUCGCUGAUGCCGAACUUUGUGAAGAGUGGCGGCGGCGGCGGAGGCGGCGGAGGCAUGGGUGGCCCGAUGCGCCAGGCGUACGUGAAGCGCUCAUCGCAGCAGGGCGGUGGCCCUAGCGGCAGCCAGUCGGGUAUCGGUGGCGGUGGCGGCGGCAUGCAGGCGAACAAGCACUCGCAAUCGGGCAUGGGUGGUGGCGGCAGCAAGGCGGGUUCGAAGGGACCGCCCCUGAUCAAGGUGACCGUGACGCUGAACGAGGAAGUGAAGCUGAACGAGUGCGCGAACGCGUGGCGUCCGUCGCACGUGCUACAGCAGCAGCCCGGUGGCGCCGGUGGCAAGGACGCGCAGGGCCAGGACGAGCUGCAGACGCUGCUGCGUACGUUCCGCAGCAUCCUGAACAAGCUGACGCCGGAGAACUUUGGCAAGCUCAUAGAGCAGGUGAAGGCGCUGAAGAUCGACACGAGCGAGCAGCUGGACGGGUGCAUCCAGCUCGUGUUCGAGAAGGCCAUCUCGGAGCCCAACUUUGCCGAGGCGUACUCGAAGAUGUGCAGCGAGGUGGGUCUGAUCGCGGUGGCGGACCACCAGUCCACGUUCAAGAAGCGGCUGAUCGAGCGCUGCCAGCAGGAGUUCGAGGAGCGAGGGAAGGAACAGGCGAAGGCGACGCGCGAGAAGCACGAGAAGCUGGCGGCGAGCGAGGACCUGAGCAAGGACGAGUACGACGAGCUGAAGCUGCAGCUGGAGGAGGACGAGCUGAAGACGCGCCGGCGGGCCGUGGGCCUGGUGCGGUUCAUCGGCGAGCUGUACAAGGACGAUCUGCUGCGCAACAAGAUCAUGGUCAACUGCAUCGACGCGAUGAUCAAGGAGGAGAAGGGCGGCUACAACGAGGAGACGCUCGAGUGUCUCUGCAAGCUGCUGACGACGAUCGGCGGCAAGAUGGAGCGCGAGGGCAAGGCACAGACUGAUGGCGGCGGCCGGGGCAAUAACAGCCAGCAGCAGACAACGGUGCUGACCGGCUACUUCAAGGUGCUGGACGAGCUGGUGCGCAAUCGCGACCGGUACCGAAUCAGCAGCCGGAUUCGCUUCAUGAUCCAGGAUCUGAUCGAUCUGCGCAAUAGCGGCUGGAUACCGCGGCGGCAGGAUCUGAACCCGAAGACGAUCUCGCAGAUCGCCCGCGAAGCGGAGACGGAACAGAACCAAGUUACAAUUAUGAACUUUAUGCCGCGCGGCAAGGACAGUGGUGGUGGCAGUGAUAUGGGCGGUCGGCUCGGAUCGCGCAACGCACCGGGUGGCCCGUUCUCCAAAUUGUCCAGCGGUGGCAGCGGCUCCCUAGGCGGUGGAUCCAGUGGAAGCGGCGGCCCGGGCUACAAUCAGGGAAGUCUCGGUCGAGGUGAUCGUGGCGGCGGCGGCGGCGGUAACGAUCGGGGCGGCAACGCGAAGGGUGGCCGCCUGCAGAUCGACGACGAUGGGUUCCAGAAAAUCUCCAGCAAUCGCGGCAACAACCGCCAGAUAUCGAUCGAUCCAAAGAAGCUGGUGCUGUCGAUGAACGUGGACACGACACAGUUGGGCCGCGCGGCCAACUACCAGACGAACAAGUGGAUGAACAACAAGUUCGCCCCACUUGGCAGCGAAGAGGGCGGACCGGCGGGCGCUGCGAGCUUGGGGUCGAACGCACCCCCCAACAGCAGCAGCAGCAGCGGUGGUGGCGAUCGCGACAGUAACGACCGUGAUCGCGGCGACCACAGUAAAAGCUACGGAGGCGGCAAAGACUCGGGCGGCGGGUACCACCAUAAGGGUUCGAUGGAGCGCGACAGAUACACUCGCUACGGUAGUAGCAGCAGUCAGAACGAGGAUCGCUACUCGCGAUCGUCACGCGAACCGUCUUCCGGCGAUCGCAUGAUGGACCGCGAUCGGGACCGGAAGAUGGGACCACCGCCAUCGUCGAUGGGUGGUGGCAGGGGUUCGUCCGGCGGCCCGAACUUGGCCCCACGGCACCUGGCCCAGCAACAGGCACAACUGCAGGCACAACAACAACUGCAGGCGCAGCAACUGCAGCAGCAACAGCACGGCCGAAUGGGUCCCCCCGCGUUUGGCGGUUCCGCCGAUGGUGGCCGCGGAAAGUCGUCCUCGGCGGCCGGUCAGUUCUACCAACACAUUCAGAUUCCUCCUCAGCCAUCGUCGACGAUCAGCACGACCACGACCCAGUCGUCUGCGGCCGACAAAGGUGGACCGCAGAAUGUGGCCCCGAGUGGUGCUCCUGCUGCGACCGGUGGCAACGGCGGUGGCCGCGGUAGAUCGUCAUCGUCGUCGUCGGAAACGGGCCGACGAGGAGGAGGCGGAGGACGAGGGCGGCCAGCGUGCGGCGGCGGGCCACCGUAUCCGAAGAUCGACGACCACAUCGAGACGGCGCUGAAAAAGCUGACCUCGAAGACGAUGCAGUACGCCAUGACGGGCGAGCUGCUGGUGCUGGUGGAUGAAAUCAAGCAGCUGAUCGAGCCGGGCUUUUACUUCGGCUUGCCGCUGCUGCUGCUGCGCGAUAACAUCGAGCGCGAGGUGCCGUUCCGUUCGGCCGCAAUCGACUUGGUGAUGGAGCUGCUGCGCUGCAGCAUGAUCACGCGGAGCGACUGCGUGUACGCGCUGGAGCAGCUGCUGCGCGAGGCGGAAGACAUCAUCAUCGACCUGCCGCUGCUGUGGGAGGUCCUGGCGGACUUUAUCCGGCCGCUCGUGCGCGAUCAAGUGAUCACACUGCACGACGUGCGCCACCUGGUGGCGGUAAACUUCGGGCCGACCAACGGGCACGCCUGGGCGAUGCUCAAGGCACUCCUGCACAGCUACGAGGCCGCGUACGGGCGGGACGCGACGACGAUGCUGUGGCGCGAGGCGUCACUCUCGUUCGCCGACUUCUACAACCCCGCCGGGGACGACGUGAUCGUGCGGUGCGUGGAGCAGGCCGGCCUGUCGUACCUGCUGGACGAUCCGCGAAGAGAUCCACGGCGCCGGCCGCCACCGUCCACCAUCGACCCGGCGACGGUGGCCGCCCGGUUACACCAGUUCCUGCGCGACGAGGCCGAGAACAUGGAGAUCUUUGACUGGAUCGAGCAGUACGUCGGGCCGGAGCGGCAGCUUCCGAACGACUUCAUCCGCACGCUGACGACGGUCGUCCUGGAGCACUGCAUCGACGAGCAGCGACUGGUGCUGGUGGACAUGACGCGGUGGAACCCGCUGCUGCAGCGGUGCAUCCACGGCCGGGCCGACCGCGAGCUGCAGUGUCUGUACGCGGUCCAGAGGAUGGUGGUGGCGCUGCAGCACCCGCAGAGUCUGCUGACCUCGAUCUUCCAGAACCUGUACGAGGGCUUUGUGAUAUUCGAAGGGUUCAACCUGUGGAAGGAGUCGCACGAUCCGCUCGAGGCGAACGGCAAGGGCGUCUGCCUCAAGUCGACCCACCAGUUCCUCACGAUGCUCGAGAAUGUCGAGUGCGAGAGCAGCGCGGACGAGGAGACCUCCACGCCCGUACCGCCGCCCUACUAACAGCGUUCCACCGUUCCCGCGUUCCGGUUCGGUGCGAUGAUGCCGGUAUCGAUCACGAAUGAUCAUGCCGCCGAUGGCGGACUUUGUUUUUCGUUUCGUUUCGUUUUUUUAUAAACAAUACUAUUAUCGUGUAGCAAUCGGUGGAUUUAAAGAAGCGGGAAAAGUGCACACAGUGCACACUCCUCACCCAUACACACAUACACACGCGCAGCCAGACAGACAGCAAAGCGACAGAGUCACAGUUCACAGUGCGUCGUGCGGCGGCAACGAUUCGGAACAGACAGAGUGUGCACUCAUCGCGAUGCAAGCUUACAACAACGGAUUAAAAAAUGAAGAAAAGAACAAAAACAAACCAAUUGUGGACGUGUGCCGCGUGCCGCGAGCGGGCGAGCAAGCGCGACAGUCGAAAGUGGAGGUAGUAACAAAAGGUGUGGUGUGCAGUUUUUUUUGUUUUUCUAUUAGUAGUGCGUGUGCGACGGACGGACGGGCGAACGGGGCGCGAUCGUGAUGCGAGGUCGUUGUUUCGUUUGCUGGGCCGCUGCCGCCGCCGUAGGAAGCAGCGCAGCAGAGUGGAGGAUAGAGCAACCGCUCAGCCACAGCAGCCGACCAAGGCCGCCACCGCCCGGGAGAAAGAGGGUUGUUGCUGCUGCUGCUAAACUAGGAAUACAAUUAAACGGACCGGAGGGCCGGCAAAAGGACACGCGCGGAUAAUCGCCGCUGUCGUGGUGUGUGCGUGGUGAACGGCUCUGCUCUGCUGUCGCUCAUUAUUACUACUGAACACCUUCAUAAAUUGCAUAAACAUAAUAAUAAUAAUAUAAUAUUAAUAAAUAUGGAAUACCGUUAAGAACAACAUUUAUUUACAUGCAUAAAUAUAUAUUUAUAAAUAACUAUCGAAUAAAGUAUCUGGUGAA